UUAUUUAUUAUUUUUGUCAUCUAUCAAAAAAAAGUUCCAAAGCAAAACAACGAUACUAAACAAAAACACAAACAAAGAAACUAUAUAAAAUUCAAUUUGGAUUUUUUUUUGCAAAAAUCAAAUACCACGAAAAAAUACGAUAAUCAAUUUAUUAUUAUUAUAAAAACAAACAAAAAAAAAAAAACAAAACAAAAACCCGCCAAACAAUCUACAAUCUUCCUUCCACAAAAUGGCCUCGAACGAUUCGGGAGUGGACACUAGCAAUGACAGCAACGAUGGUAACAAUUUUAUCCUACCGACAAUUCCCCUCGUCAUUCCAAAUUUACACAAUUUCAAUUUACUUGGCGGCGGCGAUGCCGGCAUUGGCGAUGACGACCAUUCACCACAGCAAUUCGCCCAACCACAACCAAAACCAUCCGACAUGGGCGCUCUAAUGCGUCCAUCUAGUCUUCCAUCCGGCAGUAGUUCGCUAAAGCUACGCUGUCGCAAAAGAAUAUGGAGUCGUCUAAGUGGCUUUGCUAACAUUCAAGCCGAAAUGAAUGGCAGACGUUUGCGUUUAGCUGCGUCCACCUGCAACGUUGAAUUACUCACACGAAUGUUGGAAAAACUAACCGAUCCAAAUUCUUCCGACGAACACAAACGCAGUCCGUUGCAUUUGGCCGCUUGUCGUGGUUAUGAUGAGAUUGUGUCUCUACUUUUGCGAUUCGGCGCUAAUCCUAAUAUUGUCGAUUCUUUAGGCAACACUCCUCUUCACUUGGCUGUGAUUUCAGCUUCUUCGAAUAACUUUAAUCAAGUUGUUCGAAUUUUAUUGCAAGGUGGAGCUAGUUUGCAUGUAUACGAUCGCAGUGGGAAGACUCCAUUUGAGUUAGCCGAAAGUAAAUGGAGAUUAUUAAAGUUACGCUAUCAAAAUCCAACUCCAGAGAAGGAGAAGAUUUUAGAGGAUAUGUGUUUGCUGAUUAGUUUGAUGUUGCGUUAUUUAUGUCGGCAGAAACAAGAUAUCGAUGAUUUGGAUGCUUUGGAGAGUCGUUUGAAGAAUCUUAGCACUGAAGAUCAAGUUGCUGAGGCAGAUGCGUUGUUGGCUAGUGUUGAGAAGAUGUCACUCAAGUAGUUGUAGUCUAGAUUCUUUAGUUUAUUAUAAGUUUUUUUGCGUAAAUAUCUCGAAGCAAAAAGAAAAAGAAGACGAAUAAAUUUAUUGUAUUUAUGAUUUAACUUUAAAAAAAAAAUUAAAAACAGAAAAAAAAAAACUUGUAACUUUGCGUAAACGAGGGACGUAAGAGAGAGAGAGAGAGAGAGACGAUUAUCGUCGCAAAUUUGAAUAAAAAUCAAAUGUUUAUUAAAAAAUUUGGAUUUCUCUUUUAUUUUUUGUUUGUAUGAUCAUUUUUUGUUGUUUUCAGAGAAAGAAGUUGUUUUGAGUUUCUUUAGAGUUGUCAAACGAGGGGAGGUCGAUCAUAUGGCUUUGAGGUUUUGACAAGUAGAUUGGGAAAUCAACAACUACUGUAAACAAAAGUAAAAUUUUGCUGUGAGAAGAUCGUACGGAAUUAAUAAAUUAUUUACACAAAAAAAAAGGAAGCCGGCUUAAACCAAUCUGAAACUAGUUGAACCAAAAAGAGAAGAGAAUUAAAUAGACUGUUUCGAAUUUUUUGUGCAUUUCCUCGAAUUUUUAGUGCUAAAAUGGCUGAUUCAUAUUGUUCUAAAAGAGAUCCAAACUGUUUUACGAAUCUUCCUCUUCUCGAAGUUAUUUCACAAUGGUUUCGUGACAAUCAUGAUUUCUACUUAGAUCUUAAUCCAGCAGUUGUAAUAUAUUCUGGAUUUUUGUGCCUUAUUGCUUGGAUAUUAAUAAAAAUCUUCUUUCGAAUUAUUAAAUCAAUGAUAAAACCAUUACUUAUUAUCUUAGGAUUAAUGAUAAUUGUGUAUACAAAACAAUUUUCAUAUAGUGAAAAUGCUGGUGAUUUUGUAUUAAAUGUUAUAUCAAAUACAAUUAUGUUAGGCUCGAAAGUUCUAGGCCCAAUUACUAGAAUCGCUUUUGGUGAUCAAGCUGACCUAUAAAAUUCUCACUUAAAUUUUGUAAAAAAAGAUCAAAUUUUUUUAAAUGAUAUUCCAAAUUAAUAAUACAAAGAAAUUGUAUUCGAUACCUCAUAUUAAACAUUUAUUACAUUUCUACGGUC